CGGACUCGCUUGCGCAAGCGCACAAGGAGCUGCAGUUGACUGUCUCUGACGUGGACAAGACCAAGAAGCUGUACUUUGACGAGGAGCACACCGCCCACGAUGUCCGCGAUAAGGCCAAGGACAUUGAGGAAAAGCUCAAGAAGAAGAAGGGCUCGUUCUUCCAGUCGAUCACGUCACUGCAGAAGAACAGCGCGAAGGUGUCCUCCCGCCGAGACCAGCUCGAGGAGAAGUCCACGGGAGCCAGGAACGAUUACCUGCUCAGCAUCGCAGCCGCCAAUGCUCACCAGAACCGCUACUUCCUGGUGGAACUGCAGAACUGCAUGCAAAGCAUGGAGUCCUCGGUCUACGAGAAGGUCUCCGAGUUCCUGACUCUGAUGGGGCGCACGGAGCUACUGACCUGCUCCGCCACCCAGCACUCCUUCGGCAAGAUCAGGGACCAAGCACAGCAGCUGACGCGCGACUACAACUUGCAAUGCGUCUACCUUUACUACCCAGUGCUGAAACAGCAUAUCCAGUACGAGUACGAGGCGUGCGACAACGACCCGGUGGAGACGGUGACGAUGGAGCACGAGUCCGUGGUGUCGACCCUGGCCCAGGAGGCGCGCCGCUGGGCCACUCGGGUGGUCCGUGAGACCGCGCUGGUGCGCGAUGCUACGCGCAAGCUGCACCUGUAUCAGGCUAUGCGCGAUGCUGGGCAGAAG